CGCGAGACUCUCGUGACAACCGAGCGGACAGCGGGACAGCGGGAGGUACACAACACACUUCAGGGAGAAACGUCAGGGCGGCGCGCGCGCGUGGUGUCAUACGUUUAUUUUCUUUUUUUUCCUCGGGACCGCUGACCGAUUUCAAGUCUCGUUUUCGUCGCACAGCUGAUGUGCGUGCACACACGCAUACUCUUCGCCGUCGGAGAUUCAUGCUGCACGCUUAACAUCACCUGAUACUACUCACUACCGCGAGAUUGAGACGAUGGCGAGCGCGAGUGACAAGUCUAAGCAGAGGCUCCCGUCCAACGAGGAGGUCAUCGAGGAGCUCACCAGGGAUCUGGAAAGUUCCUGCAUCCGAGCGGACCAAGGGGACCAGGAAACGGAUGCUGCCUCUGCCGCGCGAUCGAAGGAUACGAGGCUCGACGGGGGAGAUUCCUGGGACGUGGAUAAGGAAGGCGACGCGAGCAACGAUGAUAACGCACAAAAUACAGAACCUUCGGAAGACAUAGACGAGGAGCUCCUUAAAGACAGGGAUUUGUUACUUUCGGAAAGCGAGCAAGAGACGUUGAAAUGUGAAGCAGAGAAUCUGAAGCAAGCGGGCAACGAUCUUUUCAAAAGUGGCGAAUACGUACAGGCGAUAUCACAGUACACACAAGGAUUGCAGACUUGUCCUUUAAUGUAUAGCAAAGAAAGAGCUAUACUAUAUGCGAAUAGGGCAGCAGCGAAAGCUAAGUGUCAGACAGAGAAGGACUCGGCGAUAUCCGAUUGUACCAAAGCUAUUGAAUUGAAUUCAAGUUACGUGAAGGCAUACUUAAGAAGAGCUCAGCUGUACGAAGAGACAGAAAAAUUGGAUGAGGCGUUAGAGGAUUUCAAGAAAGUAUUAACAUUCGACUCUAGUCACACAGAAGCCAAUUAUGCUGUUAGGAGAUUACCUCCAUUAAUCAACGAAAGAAAUGAGAAGUUAAAGACGGAAAUGUUGGGUAAAUUGAAGGAUCUAGGGAACAUGGUCUUGAGGCCCUUUGGCCUGUCCACGAAUAAUUUUGAACUGCAACAGGAUCCUAACAGUGGUGGCUAUUCCGUAAAGUUUCAUCAGAACCCCAUGUAACAAGCGAGUUAUAUGUUUUUUAUUCAUAAAAAACUGGAUGAAAUGUGUUCUUGUAAGAAAUUAAGAUAUAUUUAUAUAUUCUACACGGAUCCCAUGAAUUAUGAAUUUAAUCCCUAGCUUUUUAAUUAAAUGUAAUAGGUGUUAAUGAAAUAUCGAUAAAAGAUAAAGUCAGAAUUAUUCAAAUUGCAAAAUUUGAUUAGAGAUUUUAUGUUUAAAGCUAAUUCGAAAACAAUUUGUUAACGCGCGAGGCACAGCGGACUCGAAAUAUUUCUCCGUUCAAAGCUUCAGCGAUAUAUCUAUAUCGCAAGUCGCAAUGUCGGGUAUCCCACUAUAUUUGGCUCCAAUGUUAGACCGGAUAUAGCCUAUGGUUCAAUAAUACCGAGCUAUAUCGCUAUCGCCGACAAUUUUAGCUGUGGCUCUUACGAAGAGGUUGAACGACUUCGAUCGAGGGGGGAAGGUAGAGUGGGCAACGAACGACCUCGGUCGCAGAUUACAACAGAUCUAUUAUCAGUUGAUGUCAUUGGCAAUUAACAAUUAAAUUAUGAGAUGAGAUAAAGUUACAAUAGCGGAACUAAAAUGUCGGAAGUAAAGAUACUCGAGCUCAGGCAUUUUCUUCUGAAAUAUCAAAUGGACAUUGAUCCAACAUGAAUACGAAAAAUUACAGCAAUUUUUAUUGAUAACAAAAUUCAACAAAAAAAAAA